CAUAGAAGAAUGAGUAAUCUAGAGUCUGGACAGGUCAACACAAACAGCACAGACUCAAACACCAACACCAACGCCAACAAUACUAGGGUCGAGGUAGUGGCACUUGACUUGGGUGGCGUGGUGUUCUCCGCUGGAAAGGAGGUGGCGGCACAGUCAUGGGAGCGACGUGGAUACGACUCAAAACUCAUUAAGGAUCUGUUGGUGUCACAAGAGUCAAUGGACUUGCGCAAGGGCAAGAUGAGCGAUGAUGCAUUCUGGAACAACUUCUUCAAGCAGCGCAUCCCCGCCGACUACGACGUGGAGCUCAUCCGCAAGAUAUGGUACGAUGGCUAUGUCAUUGACCACGACAUCGUCUCAAUGAUGCAACGACUCAAGUCCAGCGGAUACAUCAUCGUGGCGUUCAGCGGCAACAUCCCAUCGCGCAUCGACUACCUGGAACAAAAGUACAACUUUAGACGAUACUUUGACAUCGAGGUCUACUCGUUUGACUUUGGCUACACAAAGCCCGACAUCAAGUUCAUCGAGGCGCUGAUCAAGGCCGUCUAUCCCGACGUCACGGACGACACCUACGCGCAGUUUGGUCGACGCAUUGCCUACAUCGAUGACAAUGUCAAGGAUGCGGAACCUUCGAAGCAGUACAACAUCCCCACAUUCAUCUAUCGUCGCGGCGAGAUUGACGCGCUAAAGAACAGUAUGAGCGAGGCUGGCAUCGUGCUCACUGGCAAGUUC